GCGCUAUCUUUUGCCCUUGUGUUUGCCUUUCUAAACACAGCGAGCCCUCUUCUCUUCUCUUGUCUUUUGUUUACCCAGAGAGAGAGAGAGAGCUUCUACACCGCUUCACUUUUCAAUUAUUUCUCUCCUCUUUUCUCAGCUGAUGCUGCGCCGAACCACCGCCCGUCGCGCCUCCAUCUUUGGCCAUGGCAGCGAUUUUGCGCGCGGUGCGGCCGAAGACUGGUUCGGCAGGCAGCGCUCAGGCAACACGUGGAGAGGCGCCGUCACCUCACUCGUGCUGUGCCUUCUCGGCAUUGGCGUCGUGAACCAAUUUACGCGCGGUAACUUGAUGGGGCGGGCGGAGUACGAGAGCGAUAUCGUGAUGUCGUUUUCUCGCACCAAGGUGCCGUUGCCCGACACCUACGGUUUUGUGGACGCCGAGUCGGCGGAGGGCCAAACGAAGCCGCCGCAGAGGCGUAAGUAA